AUGGAUCACCCUGAGCGUCCAAAGCGGACCUCCAACGCGUGCAAGCGAUGCCGAUCUCGCAAAGUCAAAUGCUCCGGCACACAUCCUUGCGACAAAUGUCGACAGCGUCGUCUAGAUUGUGUGUUUGAAGAUGAUCGAAAGAUUGUUGUUUCAGAGGAAUUAUUUCUAUCCCUAAAACGAAGGGUGGAGGAGAUCGAGUGCACUCCACCACCAAAACGGAUUCGUACUUUGGAGAGCAGUAGUGUGGGUGGAAGCACUUAUGUACCAACAUCCGAGACGCCCCAAGAGCCUACCCCGGAACAAUCCGGGGCCAUUCGAUAUGAGGAACGAUUCGCUUCCAACCCCUUGGCCUUGGUAUCGCCUGGCUACGUCAAACAUACUGGCCGCAGGCAGAGAACGUGGUUAUUCCUCGGACCUACAUCUACCUGGUCCUUCAGUCGUCGAAUUCUUAACACCAUCCAAGCGCGUCUGGGUCCACAAAACUCAACGCCAUUGCCCCUCGCUGUGGAUGGCGACGCUUACCAACUUCAGUGGAGGCAAGCCAGCUCCGAGGAGCUUCCUGACAUCAGUGGUCUGCCAUCCCUGGAGCAUGCACUCUAUAUACUGAACACGGUCCAGUUCCAUUUUAGUCAUUUGUACUUGUUGUUUGAUGAAGACGAGUUUCUUCACCAUCUGUACGAGUUUUAUGAUAAUGCCGAAGUGAAGGUACAAGAGAGCCGUCUCUGGUACGUCCAAUUCUUGAUCGUAUUGGCGUUCGGAGAGGCUCUCUUAGCGCCGGUACGAAAGGUGUCCAAUGCUGCCAGCUGGACGAAAUAUUUCUUACGGGCCAUGUCCUUUCUUCCUGAUAUUACAGGCUUAUGGCAAGAUCCUGUUUUAGCUAUCGAGGUUCUUACUCUCAUCGGGCUUUAUUUCCACUCGAUCGACAUGAGAGAUACUGCAUAUUGCUAUUUUUCAUCGUUGAUCGGAUCACCCAACGCGGUCAAGGAUGAUGAGAUAACUACUCCCCUCUCAGAUCCGAAAACCUGUGACCAAAAGGAGGCCGCAUUGAGUCUGCAUGUGCGGAUAACACAGGUUAUCACUCGCGUACUGGACAACGGAAAGCUAGGUGGUAUCUUCCUCCGGAAGGUUCGAUCAGUCCUGCAGGAAAUGACGGACCUCUCGCGCGAGCUAGAGGAUGUCUUCGCGCAUCGGUUUUCGAAUUCUGUAGAGUCACUAUCUAGCGUCACUACACGGCUGACAUUAUCCUGUCACCAGUGUAUCAUCGUCACUACUCGACCACUAGUCUUAGCUCUCCUCUGGGAGCGACUCAGCUGCUUCGAGCAAGGCGACGUGUUCCGAACAUUAUCAUCACCAGUCCAGACCCUUCUGCACGCAUCCACCGACUCCGCGUUAAAAUCCUUGAGGAUUCUAACUGCACUGCGUGACCAAAACCUCCUCGAAACCUUCCUUCCCUUCGAUCUCGAAAACCUCUUCUCAUCCUUCUUCAUCCUAUCCCUGAUAUCAGCCAUCCUCCCGGACAUCAUCCCAGACCCCAGCUACCGAGACAUGGGAUUCAGUCUACUAGACGACAUGAUCGCCCGGGGAAACCGCGUAGCACAGCUCCGGAAAUCCGAAAUCGUGCAGCUAGAAGAAUUAGUCCAGCCGUUGCUCCAGCCUCAACUGCAACCCUUAACACCUGGGAGUAGUGCAAAGAACGUGGGGGAGGGACGACCGUCGGAGCAGGUGAAUGAUUCUGUGGCUGUUCUCAACGCAGGUAUCAGCCCGGCUCUGUCAGUGCCAGAGGCUGCUGAUGUUGUUCACGACGAUGAGAUGCACUUCGAUUGGAGAGACUGUGGGUUGUCUUUGGAGCAGAUGCUUUCUGUUACGGAUCAGUUGAAUGCGAAUAACUUGGUCCUGGAUGCUGAACGAGAGGGAUUGCAGACUGAUUUGUGGUUGUGGAGUGAUGGGUAG